GAGUUGGCAACACUGGUACUGUCAACUUGUCAAAUGUCAAGUGCCGCAAUGAAUGUACACUGUAAAACUCUAUUUGUUUUAAAUUUUGUCAAUACCUACUAAUUUUAAAAUAAAUAUACGCAUUAGUUAAGUAAAUUAAGUUAGUAUCGUGAAAUAAUUAAUUAUUACGAAAAUGGAUGAUCUCUACGAUAACUUGGAAAAUUAUAAUGACGUAAAUAUCGUUAAUGAGCUAAAAACUGAAAACAAGGAGCUAAAAUUGAAGCUUGAAGAAUACUCCAAAGCCAUGGUUCAGUUACAAAAAAAUAUUUUUCAGGAUUUUGACAAACUCAGUAGUGAAUAUAAAAAACUAGAGAUUAAUUACUCGUCAUUACUGAAGACAGCAAGAGCUGAAAUACAGAGGAAGACUGAAAUGAUUAACACCUUAAAUUUAGAAAAAGAUAGGAUAAUAUUAAAAACUCUGAAAAAUACGGAAAAAAGAGUCUUGAAUGCUGCCAAGAGCCAAAUGUAUUCUAAAGGACUUACUGAAAAAGAUGAAAGUACUGAAACAAUCAUAAACAAAGAUAAACAAAAUAGUGAAGCAUCAGUGGAAAGCAAAAUUCAGAAAGAUAAUAGAGUUGAUUCACAUCAAACUCCGUCAGUAGAUUCUAUAAGUGCAGAAAAUAAGUCUAGUAUAAGUGAAGAAAAGGCCUCGAAGGCUUUUGAUUCCAGAGAGAAAAAUAAAAACAAAGAGAAUUUACCAAGAGGUCAUAAAUAUUCGAUUGUACGAAGUAAUGAUAAUGAAACAACUAGAAGAUUUACCACUCCAGUUGAUAGCUAUUACGAAGCUAAAUUUAGUUCAGAUGAGGACUCCGAGUUUAAAAAUUCUGACAAUAUUCGGAAAUCUCCUCUUAGGAAUGAAGUACAGUAUUAUGAAAGGCAAGACAAUAGAGAUUACAGAACAGAGCUCUAUGAACACUAUGAGCCAUUGAACGAAUUGUCAAAAAAGAGAUCAAGCAAAUACUUACACAGUGAAAGAUAUAAAAAUGCAGAUAAAUAUGAAUCUCAUUCAAGGCAUUGGAGACACUACAGUCCAGAAAGAAAUCAACAUAGAUUUAGUAAAGAGUACACAGAGUAUACUGAACAUUAUCCACCAAGAGGUGAUUAUGGGAGGCACAGAUUGACAAGGAGUCCUCCAUCUGACAAAUAUAACCGUUCAAAGAGUCGAGACAAAAGAUUUGCCUACGACAGAGAAAAUUAUCGCGAUCAUGAUAAAUAUUCUACACGUUUCUAUGAACAUGCAUCAGGAAAACAUAAAAUACGAAAUGAACUAGAUGAACCGAGUUAUAAACGACACAAAGCUGACUCAUAUAAUGAACAUAUAGAAGAAAGAAAUUGCUAUUUGAAUGAGAAAGAAAGAGAAUAUGCUGAACAACAAAGGACACAUGUUCCAAAUACUCAAGAGUAUGAUUUUCAAGAAUAUUUAUCUUGCCAAUCACCUGAUUAUAUUGUUAUUGAUAGUACUAUUCCUGAACAUUCUGUUAAAGGUACAUUUUUAUUUAGAAGUCAUGAUAUUAAUGUAUUACAAAUCAUGGGCACAGCUGCAACUAAACUAGAAGAUCCUAGAGUUUCAAAUAAAAAGUAUAUUCUAAGUUUACCUAAUAACACAUUAUCUACAGUAGUUGGUCGAAAUAUUGACUUAAAAAUGGUUGAUAAAUCUGUUUGGGGUAUUGAGAAAAUUGACGUUCCAGCAGCCUUGACUAAGAGAAUUUCUGAACAAAACAGCGAUAUUUUAUUAAAAGAUAUAUGCAUGAAUAUUGAAGAUCCCUCAUUACAUGACUCACUGGAAUCUGGGGAAAUACAAAGCUAUGAUCAUGACGAUCUCUCUACAUUUAAUUCAGGGGACAUUGAUAAAGAUGAUGGAAAUGAGACAAAUAAUAAACAUCAAAAUACUGAUUCUAGAACUCUAAUCCUCACUGAUUUGAAGGAAAAAGUAAUCUAUAAAAAAGUAUCAGAGAAACCUAUAAAUAAUAAGUUUAAAAUUCCAAAGAUAAACAAACCAGUUUUAGAUGUGCCAAAACUUUACGAGAAACAAACGUGUAAUAAGUCCGACACCAAUUUACCAGAUUUAAGAGAUUUAAAUGAUGAUGUAGAAAAACACCAACCAAGCGAGCACAAUAUAAACACUGCCGAUCCUGAUAAACUAUGUUUUGAAAAUGAGUUACCCAAAAAUAUUGUCAUUCAAAACUCAGAACAAAUAGAUUCUGAUAAAAGAAAAGAAAUAAUGAAAACCAUUGAAGGUGAUUUGGAGCUAAGUGAUGAAGCUAGCGAUGUUGAGCUUAAUGAUACAAACCAAAAAUGGAGCAAAACCGGGUCUGAUAAAGUUCAAAACGUUAAAAAAGAUCUUAUGAUAUAUCCUAGUUUACAGGAAAAUAAUUCUGCUACAACGAUCCCUCAUUCAGCGAAAAUUAGUAACAAAAAAACUGACAAAACAAAAUCUUUAACAAUUUCGGGAUCAACGAAAGAUUCUUCAAAAGAAAGUAGUAAAAAACGAAAGCGAAAAAGAAAAUCAUCAGAACAAAAUGAAAUGAAAGAGUCCCACGAUGCAAAGAAGCCGAAAGAAAAGGAAUGUAAAAAGUCUCUGUCUGAGGACAAGAAAGAAAAGGAACGUCUUUCUAAGGAAACGUUAAAUAAAUUUAGCGAUUUAUUCGGGGAUAGUAGUAGCCUAAUAACACCCGAUGACUUAGGUAUAAAUAAUGUUCCUGUACAGUCAGGUGAAAAAUAUUCCUCAAUAUUUGAAAACACUCAGGAUGCUGUUGAUUUGAGUGGUGAAGUUGUAGUUAGCAAAUUAACUAGCACUAAUAAAUCCGAUACUAUCGAUGCUGUAAUCAAUAAUAGUGCUUUUGAUACUGCUGUCGAGAAAGUAUGUGACGAAAACACUGCUAGCAAAAAUAAUUUUAGUGUAAAUGUUACGGUUGUUAAUGAUAAUGUUGAUAUUAAUGCAGAAAUCAAAAACGCAAAUUUAAAUAACGCCUAUGAAAAUGCUAAAUCAGAAAUGUCAGCAAACGAAAAUAGUAUUGUCAAAACUGUGGUUAUAUCUUCUGGAACUCAAAAUGAAUGUGUAUCGGAAAGUGUGUCAAAAGAUUCUUCAAGAACCAACGUAGAGUCUGUCACAGCAAAUACUGAUGAUAUUGCUUUGAAAAAAAGUCCAUUAAAUAAUAGCAAAGCAUUAGCAACUUCUACACCUCCAAAAUGUGGAGAUACAGUUGCACCCACUGAAGAAGUCUUUGAGUCGUCAAAAUUGAGUAACUCUUCUUAUAUUAACGACAAAAUUGAACAAAAUGAAGCUGAUAUUCCUGAUGUUAGAAUAUUUGUACGAAGACGACGAAAACCUGUAAAAAAGCCUAAUUAAUUUUCUUUUUAUAGUUUUGUACUUAUAUCUAUUGCUGAUGGUUUAUAUAUGUAUGUCAAGAUUACAAAGAUGCAUAUUUACAACAAACUAAACUAACAACAAAAUAAAAAAUGUUAUAUUUAUAGCUGUUUUUAAAGUGAUAAGGAUAAAGCGUCUCUCUUAAAAUAGACUGAAUUUUAGUUUUUCGAAAAGAAAGUAAUAAAACAUAGAAUAUCCCA